AUGAAAAGCGUAUGAAUGGGUAAUACCAGCCGCGAUACUCGGUCCCAAAUCUCAAUAAAGAACACCUAAAACAAUUUUGCGAAAUCGUGCGCGAGGCGACCACAUCUUAAUUUUUCGGUGAACGUUUGCUAAUUGGAGUGCUGGAUGUAAAAUGACGGGGUGUUUCGUUCGGGCGCUCGCCAAGGGGUAGUUUUUUUGUGAUGGGUGAUGCCUGAUAGAGGCCAGCAUGGAGAAUACGGGGCCCGAUCUGUCCCAUCUUACACCAGAAGAAAGGGCCAUCAUCGAGGGUGUUAUGAUGAGGCAAAAGCAGGAGGAGGAGAGAGAACAGGAGAUUCUGAGAAAGAAAGCCGACGAAGUUCACAUCUUAGAAGAGACGAUUCGCGCCCGCAACGAACAACAGAAAAAAGCGGGGGUGGAGCUCGACGCCACAUGCCACAUAUGUCUGAAGACCAAGUUCGCCGACGGUGUGGGCCACAUUUGUAACUAUUGUUCCAUCAGGUGUUGCGCCCGAUGCGGAGGAAAAGUUACCCUGCGAUCGAAUAAGACGGUUUGGAUUUGUAUCCUGUGUCGAAAGAAGCAGGAGCUGCUGAGCAAGACGGGCCAGUGGAUGUUCGGCGGCACGAACCCCGAGCUGGACAUCCCCCAAACGCAACAAGCGCCGUCGGACAAACGACCCAAACUGGAGAGGGCCCACUCGGCCGCCGAGAAGGAGAACCAGCCGCUGCAGAGGUCCGGCAGCGGGUUACGGCGCCAGUACUCGGAGCAAGAACCUCGGGCGCCCUCAUGCGAACGGUUCCAGCAGUUCAAUGAGGACGACCCGAGGUUCUAUCAAGGAGAGUUGGAAGGACUGAUGAGGACGCACCCGCAUCUAGUACCAAGAAGGUAUCCGGAGCCGGAGGUGGAUCCGGUCCAGAUGGACCACUCGCAGCACCGGGUGCAGCCGAUGGCCAGCGCCAAUAAGAAACACAAACGGAGCGGUUCGUCCAAGAAACAUCAGCAGCACCCUCCGCCGCAGGUCCAGCUUCCGAACUAUUCCAGUUCAGAAGAGGAUCUCAAGUCGACGCCCGAAUACGGCAGCGAUGAAAGGGACAGCGAAAAAGGUAAUAACGGCACGUGGCCCCCCUUGAGUCACUACAUUGUGGCACCAAUGCAUCAGCAUAGACCUCUACAAGACGUAACGGCAGAUAAUAGAGGAUUCACGGAGCGAAGAAAGAAAACCGUACGAUUCGAUCACCAUGACGGUAGCAGACAAGGUUCCCAAGAUUCUCACAGAGAUUCUGGAAUCGAUACGUCUUCCACGUUCACCUCUAGCGAGGAUUCAACCAGGGGGGACUUGCCCAAGCAUCCGCUGACGUGGCAAGUGUCCGCCGACGGCACCAGAAUUAUCGGCCACAUGAUCUUGAGGAGGAACUCGAGGGACGCGACGACCGGAUCCAGCGCCGCCAUUUUAGGCCUAAAAAUCGUCGGCGGUAAAAUUUUGGAAAACGGCAUGACCGGCGCCGUUAUCGAAAAGGUCAAAAAAGGCAGCGUCGCCGACAUUGAGGGACACCUAAGACCUGGUGACGAGGUGAUUGAAUGGAACGGUAGAUCGUUACAGGGUAAGACCACUCAAGAAGUGGCGGAAAUAAUCGCUGAAAGUAGACAAGAAGCUAGCGUGGAGCUCAUAGUAUCCAGAAGUAUGGGCAGCAGGCGAAUAGCUCAAACCAAUUGGAGACAAUCAGUCGCUCAUAGAGGUCAGACAGUCGGCGGCCUUCACCAGUGGCAUCCCGACGCCGAAAUCUACGAACGUCCUCACGUCCUGGUGACGUCACCGGGCAGUCCGGACCGGAGCCAGGAUCCCUCGCAGCAGGCGCUGGCUCCGAGCAUCGGCGGCAGGAUUCAAGUGCGUGUCGAAUUCGACGCGUCGGCGUUGCAGUUGCUCGUCACGAUCGUCUGCGCCUCCGGACUAACGCCGAGGUCCUCGCACCAAUCGAGGAAUCCUUAUUGUAAGUUGUUUUUGUUGCCCGAUCGGUCGGAGAAGAGCAAGCGAAGGACCAAAACCCUGGCAGGCACAACGGAGCCUAUGUGGAACCAGUCCUUCGUAUACGCGGGUCUCAGGAGGGCAGAUCUCCGGCUUCGAGUACUAGAGAUAACCGUUUGGGACUACGUCAGAUACGGGGCAAACGAUUUUUUAGGCGAAGCUAUCGUAGAAUUGUGGCCUUUGGACGACCAACCGACCUGGAGGACGCUGGGCCCGCACGAAGAAAUAGCCCUCACGCCGAGCGAACAUCUAUCUCCGCCCAGCACCGGAUCCAGAUUUUCCGACAGCGAUACACCCUCCGAAUGCGACAUCGAGGGCGGUCGGGAUAGAAGAAACGCAGAUGGAGCCAGCGUCAGCAGCGUAGGCAGUUCAUCCAGUCCACCGAGGGAUUCCACGGAGAGGAGAUCUAGAAGGGAUCAGGAAAACAUGCAGGCAUAUCACAUGUACAACAAUACCAGCACCAGUAAAAAACAGGUGGGUAUGAUUAGUCACCGUUCACACUCGGCGGCGCCUUGCGACUCGCCUAGCGUUCAUUUAUCGCGAUCGCGAUCGAAGUCGCCGCGGCGCUCGGCCACCGACCACCGAUCGCUAUCGCCUCCGGACGUCCGUCUCACCGAAUACGCCUAUCCCACGUACAAAAUGUCGAGGUUCCAGUCGCGCAGCGCCACCGCGACGCCGACGGGCUCGCCGAAGAAGCGCCAGCUGCCCCAGGUGCCGCAGGCGCUCGCCAGGGCGCUGCAGGAGCGGGUGUCGCAGGAUCUCGAGGGGUACAACAGCAACAGGAAUCGAAUGAGGUUUGGUGUUCACACGUAUCGGAGUACAGGUUCGGGCUGGGAGAGGAGAAUCAGCGGGUUGAGUGACAGCGAUCUGGCCAAUCAUUCCAGGUUCGGCACUAGAAGGUCCUUUUCGCCGGAGAAAGAACGGGAACGGGAUCCCUUGGGAUUAGUUGAUUUUGAUAGUGAUAUGGAAAGUGUAGUGUCUGUGACGAGUAGUGCUUUUUCGACCCAAUCGGAGCGACCGAGGGGGACCAGAGGACUCGGUACUGAAUACGGAUAUAGAACUAUAAACUCGAGGGGCAUGAGGGAAAGAGACCACGACCCUCGGGAAACCAUAGAGCCUCUAGAUCCUCACCACAACUAUCACCUGAACCACAACCACCACCAUCAUCACCAUCACCAUCAUAACCACAGGGAAGGAAGCGUCAAAAGGGGCCAGUUUACCAGAAGCUUGUCUAAUACAGAACCGCCAACAGAUGAAAAAACCGACGGUAGCCUCAGUGAUACAGCCGUCGGCCAACUACAUGGUCUUGAAGUUCCUCAAAAAGACUCGAUAAAUCGAAAAGAGAGCCCCCGCGAACGGGACCGGGAUCGGCAAGGCCAAUUCGUCGGUUUGAGCAAGAAGAGCAACUCGACCAGCCAAUUGUCAGCAACAGAGAGUGGGUUGAAUAGAAAACGGGUUACGACGACUGUAAGCAGCAUACAGCGUUCGCAGGAAGUGGUGCCUAGUAUACCAGCACCUACUAGAUCGUCGGAUUCGAGCCAAAGAGCCGCUAGUCUCAACUCCAUAUCUAGUUCAGAAGGAUCUUCAUGGUCACCUUCGCUGCGGUUAGCGGCAGAAGGGGGUCAACUGGCGGAGUUCAUAGACGGUUUAGGUCCAGGACAACUGGUCGGCCGGCAAGUUUUGGGAUCCCCGUCUUUAGGAGAUAUCCAAUUAGCGCUCUGCCAUCAAAAGGGCUUUUUGGAGGUCGAAGUCGUCCGGGCGAGGGAACUACAGUCCAGGGCGGGUUCGAAAGUCCUGCCAGCGCCUUACGUGAAAGUGUAUUUAGUGAAUGGUAAGAAGUGCAUAGCGAAAGCGAAAACUGCCACCGCUAGACGAACUUUAGAUCCUUGGUAUCAGCAACAAUUAGCUUUUAAAGAAAAUAUUCAGGGAUGUAUACUGCAGGUAACGGUGUGGGGCGAUUACGGCCGAUUAGAGGGUAAAAAGAUCUUCAUGGGGGUGGCGCAAAUAAUGUUGGACGAUCUCAAUUUGAAAAACAUCGUCGAAGGAUGGUACAAAUUAUUCGGAACGACAUCCCUGGUUAGUGGUUCCCACUCUAUAGCUGUGUCUAGUCGCGGAUCCUCUGCCAGUCUUGAUUCCGUCAAGUUAUAACCUAAAUUCACGUAACCCUCUACCAUCGGUAGACCGUACAAUAUUACGAGAGUACCGAUACACUUUUGUUUUUCGCUCGUUUCAGUUUUAACCACUUCGCACAUUUUGUCAUGUCAUUUUUUAAACACAGUUUUUCACCGAUGGUUAUCCACGUACCAGUCACAUAUAGGUAGGGGUUAAUUAUUCUCCUCUCGUAAUUUCUUUUGUUGAUUUGUUAAUUGUUUUCGCUGCAAAUUUAUUGAGCUUAUCUACGCACAAAACUAUAUCUACAACUAACAUAUAUGAUGGCACAUUAGUAUGGAAAACCUCAAUAUAUCUGUUAUUGUAGAAGAAAACUGUUAUUGUUAAAAAAAACUUCAUUACAAAAGUUGUAGAUCUUUUUAAUCUGCACAUUUUAAAAUUAGCACAUUCAAAAAUUGAAAUUAGCUCGUUUUCAGCUUUCCAAAAAUAUAAUAUUGUAUUAUGUUAUACUGAGUGGUUUAAAAGUUAUAACCACUUUUAAACAAAAAUAUUACUAAGUUUACUACCCUGUAGAAACUAAAUGGAUUGACUUGAAAAUAAAUUUCAGGUUUGACAACAUUGCAAAUAUGCUGAAAAUGUACAAAACGAAUAUUUUUCUUCAAUUCAUACUGCUUACAUGAUGGAUCCAAACCCAAAAGUAACAUUUUCUCCGGUUUUUAAAUGGAUCACCCUAUAUUUUAUAUCGUUAGCAGGAAGUAUUUUUUAAGUACUUUCAUUCUUAUUAAGCCAUUUCCUAUACCUAAAGUUUUACUAUUCGAUUUAUUUCAAUUAAAAAAAUUAGAACUUAAAAGAAAGAAAAAACUUUAAAGUUUUUUUGAUAUCUUCUGCAAUUACAGAUUUAUUGAGCUUCUCCAUACUAAUGUGCCACCCUGUAUGUACAUACAUAAUAGUAUUUCGGAAAGAAAUUUAGAAAUUUUAUAUUGAGUUUUGUGUGUAGUUUUCGAUUUCAUUAAUUUAUUCAUUUUAUAGUAAAAACAAGUAAAGUAAAAAUUGUUGUUUUUUUAGUAUUAUUACAAGAGUACCUAAGUUUUAUUGUGUUCUUUUUAAUUUAAUUUUUUAUUACAAAGCUUGGUAAUUUUCAUGCACGAAUAUAUUCAAAAUUUUAAUGACGUUUACCUAUUUUCCCAGGUUAUUCAAUUAUUUUAAUGUAAAAAUUAGGAAUAACUAAUAAAUUUUGAAAAUUUGGUGCAUCCAUUAAAUGCAGCUUGUAGUUAAAUACGAAUAAGGUCCAAAUUGUAACGUGUUUAAAUACAACUAACUUAAAAUAGUGUGCAGGUAAAAUAUAAUAAUUUAAGAAUUGUCCAAUCCUUAAAUUACUAAUUACACUCCCUAAUUACUCUAAUUAUUGCUGGAAAAUCAACAUACAUAUUAAAAAAAAUGCAUAUUAAAAAAAUUAAACAUGUUACUAAUUUGUACUUUAAUUAGCUGUAUUUAUAACGAUUGAUUUUGAUAUUUUAUUAGGAAUAAAAAGAAAUACUCAAAAAUUAUGUUCAUUUUUCAGUGAGAAGAGCCGACAUGAUUGUCUCAUUCGACAAGAAUUGACACAUUGUAAAGUGCAUUAAAGACGCUAUUAAAAAUUUCUUUAAAAUUCACCUAUUACAAACUCGAUCGUAUUGAAAAAUAUACUUAAGACUAUAUCCCGAAUUUCAAAUGGGUUCAACUAAUUCAAUUUGAACGAUCGAAAAUGUCCUAAACGAAAAUAAAGAGUUGUAUUAUAACAAUCUACCUACGCUAAAUUGUGACAAAAAAUUUAUAUAAAAACUAAAAAAAUAGCCAUGAGUGUAGAAAAAGCCGAAAAUAGUUCCAUAUUUAGUGUACAUGAAGUGGAGAGUGUAGAUACACGCACACGUUAAUUUAGUGUGAAAUAGUGUCACAAAAAAAUCAUAUCUAAUAUGAAAUUUUUAUGCAAAGUGCCUACAAUUAAAUAUUCCUCUAUCAGAUUAUGAAAGCAAACAAACCAAUACCCUAUAUAUUAUUAUGACAUUAUCUUAAAAUAACUGGUUAAUGAGUCUUAUAAAGUAAUAAAUUUUAAAUUCGUAUAAUUGGAAAAUUAAUUGUAGCCACUUUGCUAUAAGUUUUAAAGCGACAAGAACGUAUGGUUUGCAUAUAGUUUGUUUUUUACGAAAAUUACUCAAGUAAAAUUUUACAAAAAUUUACCUCAAACCUACUAGAGGUAAGCAUCGUUUAAUUAGCAAAGGGACUCUUUUAAAUACGAACGAAAAACCGACGCUUUGUCGCUUUAUGAAAAAAUAUGCUUCAUUGGAAUUGAACUUGCUUUUUUACUUGAAACUUAUACGAGGACUUAAGGUAAUGUUGAUAAUUAUUGUAAAAUAUAUAUUUAAACAAAACAACAUAGAAUUGUAUAUGAAGGGAACCUUUAAUGUAACAUAUAGGAUAUAAUUAAUUAUUCUUAAAUUGUUGAACUGCAUGUGAUAAUAAUAUUAUGUUGGCUGUUCAAAUUCCCUAAGCUUUUAAAAGAAAUAACCUCCGAUCCAUAAACAAAUUAGCUAAAUAUUUAAGAACACCAAACGUUCUUUCGAAACUAUAGGGUUUAUAAAUAAAACGAGUGAUAUAGGCCACAUGAUCGUACAAGUACGAUAUAUGGAAAUAUGAAAGGAACUAACAUAUCCUGGCCAUAGCGAUUUAAAUAAAGUAUUAAAAUAUAAUUAAUAAUUAAAGAACUUUUGGUUGUUCUUGACUUAUUAUUUUUAAUAAAUCAUUGUAUUCACUUUGCUGAAUCAAGGUUAGCCUGAAAUUUUAUGUAAAACGGGCGCCAUGAUUUGAGUGGAUUGUUUUAGCUUCAUAUAGUUUUGGAAAUAUAUAAGAUUUUGUUAUAUAUUGAAAAAUUUUGAUAAAACUCUAGAGGUCUAGUAUAAGAAAUGAUUUAAUUUUUAUUUCCAUUAAUUUUAUAUACUUAUAUAUUUUUAUUUCCUAGAUAACCAAAAAAAAAUUUAAUAAAUUAUUGAGCGGCAGAUAUGCAUUUUUUAUUAAAUUAAAUUAUUUUUUAUACAAAUUCCUUUAAUAUUUUAUUUAUUGUAUCGUUAAUUUUUGUUAAUUAUCUUUAUAUAUUGUACAGAACAUCGAGAUAUGACUAUGUCGAAUUUUUUAACUAAUAACCCAUUCGAAGAAAUUUGAUUGUUUGAAUUUAAAUGUCAUAAUUAAUUAAAUUACCGCAAUGUCUCAAAAUUCGCUGACAAAAUUCUAUUUUAUUGAACUAUUGGAUUUACUCUUACGCAAAUUUAGAACAUUUUUAUAUUAAGUAUAGGUAGUUGUUUAUUUUUGCCAGUCGUUUUUGGGCCAUUCGGUAUACGAAAUUUUGUAAAUAAGAUGGUAAAUGUUGAAAGUGUUAUGUUAUACCCUAUUUUUAUGUGCCGAAAUGAAUAAUUUUUGUACGUUUCUUCAAGAUAUGAAGUUGUUAUCAUUAUUAUUCUAAUUAUUAAUAAUGUUAAACCUGUGUCUCAAUAUUAAUUGGAAAUUAAAUCAAAGUUUUAUGUAAAAUUUAUUAAGUGGUUUGAAAUGAAAUUAUAUACUCACUCGUUGGGAUAUUGGCAAAUGAGUUAACAACUCCUAAGUUAGUCAUUAAUAAAUUAUUCAUUUAAAUUACAUGACGGUUAAGUUUAUUUUUUCGAAUGAAUUUGUAGGUAUAUUUAUAUAAGUUUUUAUUCGAUUAACAUUAGUUGAAACUUAUUGGGACAUCCGGUGUAUCGAUUAAUUAAAAUACUUUUGGUAUAUAGAGCGGAGAAUUUUGCGGAGAUAAUUAGAGAAAUAACUUUCGAUUAUUUAUAAUUAAAUUGCCAAUUAUUUCGUUUUACGUCGGCGACGGUUACUUUCGAAAUAUUGCACUUGUUUCGGUUUAUAAAUUGGUUUAUGUUUCUCGCAAACAAUUUUUGUUUUGAUAACGAAUUUUUAUAAGAUGCGUUUAUGUUAUCACAAAUCGGAGUUUCUAGGAAUAAAUUUUAAUUCGUAAUUUACAAAUCGACACUUGGUUACUAAAUCAACGAAUCUACUGAGUUAUCUAAACCAAUAUUUAUCAUUGUUCAUCAAUUUCUAAUGCCGUAGUUUCUAAUUUAAUUUUUUAUCGUACCAAUUUUUAAGAACAUACUGUAUAUAAUAUUAUAACAGCUUUGUACAUUUAACAAAAUAAGUAUGGGAAAAUUGAUUUUUUUAAAUACCUACCUUAUAGCGCAAAGAUGUUAUUUCAACAUACAUAGGUAUAGCUGCUUUUGAUUAAUGCUUCGAAAAAAUCUCUCUUUCAAUACCUUUAGAUGAAGAUAAAGACACUAUUUCUAAGAGCAUAGCCAAUGAUUUAUUUUUGGAUCGGAUUCGACAACGACAUUUUUACAAAUUUCGAGUAGACUUUAGACUAAAUUUUUAAGGUAGUACGUGAACAUGGUUUACUUAAUUUUUAUUGGAAGGCAAAAUAUUAUGUGUACGCAUGCCUUCGGUAAUUUGGAAAUAACCUAAUCCGUACAAUAAUAAUUAUUUAAACGAAUCCCAAAAAAACGUGUAUAAACUUAAUUAAAAAAGUAUUUACAUUUUAAUUCCGAAUUCCACCACAUUUGCUUUCUGAUAAAAUUAAGGCAUUUUUCAAGCGCUUCGUUUGUAUCUGCUCCUAAAUAGAUUAGAGUAACAAAAACUUCCUAACUUUAAUACUCAUUAAUAGCGCAAUUUUGUACAAAAUUUUUGCGACUCGAAAAAAUAAAUAGUUGGUUAUGCUGAGUCCUACAUGAUUUGGAGUCGAUUGCUGAAAUGAAUUUUCGCGAUUAAAACUUUCAUUUGAGCAACCGUCGUUUUUUAUUAUCGGCUUAUUUAAACAUUUUUCUUGUUAUACACUCCGUACAGUUCAGAGAAUAACGAAGAGGGCUUAGUAUUAUAAAAAAUUAGAUUUUUUACGCUGUUAUUAAGUAAACUUAGGAUCGGCAAAAGCGAAGAGAAGGGGUCGAAAUGAACGUUCGAAAAAGAUUUUUCCAGAUUUUAGGGACAAUUGUUGCUAUGCAUGAUAAUUUUCUAUAUCAAUAUAAUCAAUUUUGUAUAAAUAAUCUAUAUUAAUCAUGACUUAUCUUUAUUGAGGGGUUUCUUUUGGUGAUACUAAAGUCCAGUGCGUCACCGCUAACCCAAAUAGUGCCCACCUUUUCAUUGAUAUCAGCUUCGAACGACCUUGUUAUUGAUAUAAAAAAAAUCUUAUCGAAACGUUGACGAUUGAAUUUGUGAUAAUUUUAAAUUUUCUAGAUAUUCCAAGUAAGCAGUAGUCCCCCGAAAAAAAAUCUGGAAGAACCUUUUUCAAUUCAAUCCAAAAACACACGCUGGACACUUCUCUAAAAUUACUGAACUGUAUCAAAGUGUACGUUCAAGUGUGACAAAAACAAAGCAGAAACAAAACACGGCGCAUAUCAUUUUUUGGAAGUGUCAGCGUCCCUUUAUGUCUCCAUAUGUUCACUCUUGACUGAUGUAUCCAUAUUAAUAUCCAGCCCUGAGAUGGGGGCAAG